CCAGUUUACCAGCAACUCGACUGUGAUCACACUGUGUAUUUAAACCACCCUCGACCACCUCAAAACCCUCCCCAGUCCCCGCACAACCAAAGCUUGCAACCUCUCAAGUCUGAACUCAGCCAUGGCAACGGACGGAGCCGAGAACAGGCAGUUCAGCCUCCAGGUUGACAUGCAGUGCCGGUGCAUGGGGUGCGUUAGCAAGGUCGAGAAAGCCAUGGCCUCCAUUGGGAGCUUCAAAGGAGUCGAGAGAUCGGUGGGAGAUGUCGACACUGGGGUUGUUGCUGUGGCAGGGAAGGUGAAUCCAGCGGAGCUUCGCCAGUGGCUGAAGAGGAAGACAAUGAAGGAUGUCAAGAUCGUUUGCCCUGAUCCACCAGUUGAGAAUCGUAAUCAGAAAAUGAUAUUGGUUCUGGGAAGCAGUUCAAGAAUGGGGCACACUGCACCUUCAGCUCCACCAUCACCAGAUAACGUGUCCUGUGCUCUAGCACCAUCAGGAGUUUGGUCUGACCAUGAGGAUGUGCAUCUGAUUGAAGAGAAGAUCAGGGAUCUCGAGAAGGUCAGGGAUACGCUGAAAAUCAAGAACCUGAAGAACGAGCUGACUGUGGCCAAGUAUGAGCUCAGACAGUCCAGGGAAGUGAUCAGCAGUAGCAAGAAGACUCUGCUAGAUAGUGCUUUGAGUCAGCUCAAAGCGUACGAGAAACUUGAAUCACUCGGUUGCUCGCUAUUUGACUGAGCAUAUCCAGUUCAUGGUUUCGCUAUUAAACUUCAUUGUAUGGUCGGUG